AAUGUUGUAUCAUUACUUGCAGCAGAAACGCAAUGAAGGUUCAGGGACUCCCCUUCAUGCCACCUACCUUGUGUCUGGGAAGUGUGUUGAGAAUGGUAGUACGUGCCAUAAAGUGUCAGUAGUACGUGAGGACAAGCUUAAUGCUGUUAAAGCAAAGAUGGACGUGACCAUCAGUGUGCAUGUGUACAGUGUGCAGAGAGCUGAGCUGAAGGAUAGUUCACCACUUUACAAUACAGAUUAUGAUGCUGUUAAGGAGAACAUAAAAAACUGCAACAAGUACAGCGCUAUACGUUGUGCUGCAGCGGUCCCUUUGUCAUCUUCGGAGCUGCAAAGAGCUCAAGAGAAGGCUUUGGUCCCUCCAGUGGAGAAGGAAAUCAGUAAACCUGGCUUCAAUGAAAACACUUCAGCUACCCCCAAACCCAGUGCUAAGCAGCCAGCAGGCAUCAUGGGAAUGUUUGCAAGCAAAAAUGCUUCUAAGAGCCAAGAAUCCAGCAAGGAAGUGAAAACAGAACAGAAAGACGAUUCUUCCCUGGUUGAAACAUCAAAAAGCAAAACAGCCUCCAAAGCGAACCCGAUGAGUAACUUAUUUGGGAAGUCUGCCCAAAAAAAGGCUGAUGAAAAACCAAACAAAAGCGUUAAAGAAGAGACGGCUGCCAGCUCUACAGCUCCUGCAAUUAUGAAGCAGUCACAGACAUCUCCCAAAUCCAAGAUUGACAUUAAAGAUGAACAAUCCAAACUACAUUUACUUCCUACAAGUAAAACAAAGCGCCCUGAGGUUGUGGACAGUGACGAUGAGAAAAUGGAGAGCCAGCAGAAGAAGAGACGGCGGAUAAAGAAGCCCCAGCCAGACAGCAGUGAUGAUGAGGUUGUGCCAGAUUCUCCACCUGUGCCUAAUGUACAGACUCCCAGUCCUAAAAAAGAGAGCUCAGAGGUGAAGAGGAGGAAAAGGAGGCGUGUUUUGAAGUCUCACACAUUUGUUGAUGAAGAAGGUUCCUUUGUGACCGAGAAGGGUUAUGUGAGCGAGUCUUACUCCGAGAGUGAAGAGGAACCUGAACCCAACAGUCAAGCCAAAGACUCGAGCUCACUCAAGCAGUCAUUUGGAAAAAGAGAGGAAGAGAAAAAAGAGAAGAGGGAGAAGAAGACUUCUGCAGCUAACAAACCUACAAAACAGCCAUCCAUAAUGGGAUUUUUCCAGAAGAAAUAA